AUGACUUCACAGCGCAAAUGGACAGCUCCGUUGCUAAGCCCUCUGUUUGGGACGCUCCAAAAAUAUUGAAACACCAUGAACAACAAGAUGUUGCUCAAACACGUCCAAAGUACAGAGAGGGAAGACGCCUCAAAGCCGUUAAGGUAUACACCAUUAAUUUAGAGUCUCGGUUCCUGUUAGUUCAAGGAGUGCCCGCUAUUGGGGUGAUGACAGAGCUCGUGCAACUCUUUGCUCUCUACGGAGUGAUCGAGGAAUACAGGGUGCUUGAUGAAUAUCCAGCAGAGCAGUUCACUGAAGUCUACUUAUUUAAAUUCCAAAAGUUUACGAGUGCCAGGGCAGCUAAGCGUCACACUGAUGAAAAGAGCUUCUUUGGAGGACAACUGCAUGUUUGUUACGCCCCCGAGUAUGAAACUGUGGAAGAAACGAGGCAGAAGUUGCAGGAUAGGAGGAGAUACGUUAACAGAGUAAACCAGAAAACAGCAAAACAACAUGAUCAACAGGAUGAAAGCACAGAGAUUCCAAAAGCAGAAACGCCAACAGCUGCAGCUCCUGAGGUCCAGAAAGACUUAAAAAAUAUAAGAGAGGAUAAUGUAAAUUCUGACUUUCCCUAUUUGCCUUCACCACCCAAGAAUGAUCUUCCUCAUAGCCGUCACAGUUUUCAACAGUCGUUACGAUUUCACAGAACGGAAAGGACAUUACCUACAGAGGACAAGAUGGGUUCACUUUACCAUUACGUUCCUCCUGUACCAGAUACUUCGAAGCAUUUUACACCCUGUUCAUCCUCAAGUAAUAAAGACAAAGAUUUGAAGAACCUGUCAGCAUCUGCUAGAUUUAUGCCACGGACUGCACAUUUAGAAAGCAGAAAAAGAAAAUCCGUGGAAGAAUUACUCAUUUCAAAAGAAAUGGACAAAAAUGGACCCAUGAUUGGUCCAAAACUACCAGAAAUGCCCAAAUUGGACAUGGAGGAUGAGUCAUUGAAUGUAACCGCCAAUUUGAUUCGUCAAAAAAUAACAAAGGUUACAUCUGUACCAGAGAUCAAACCUGCACAAGGAAAGAGCACCACUGCGAAGCCUCGUAGAAGAAUUUAAGACAAUCCCAUAAUUUAUUUCAAUUUUGCCCCCCCAAAAAGUCAAAGUCCCAUUUUCUUUCAUGGAUAAUUCAGUGAAGUUCUUGUGGUUCCUGGAAUGCUUGUUGCUCAAAUGACUGUAUGCGCUGCCAAAAAAUACAGUAACAGUUUAGAUUUUGUCCAUUAAAA